UCAGUGUUUCAUUCAAAACAAUUUUGAAUACCCCUUUUAAAUUUCUCUCCUCAAACUAUCAAUUAAACAAAGUGAAAGAGUUGAGUUUGUAAUUAGAGAAAAAGAAAAAUGGGAGUUGAAGGAACAUUUGAUUACAUAGCUGAUUUGAUCAGCAGCACAAAGAGGAAGAAGAGAAAGCAGCUCAACACCGUUGAUCUCAAAGUUAGAAUGGAUUGUGAAGGCUGCGGAGAGAGAAUCAAGAAUGUCCUCUCCGGCAUGAAAGCAGGAGCAAAGUCAGUGACGGUGGACUGGAAACAACAGAAGGCAACAGUGUACGGAUUUGUGGAUGCUAAAAAGGUGUUGAAGAAGGCGAAGUCGACCGGGAAGAAGUCGGAGCCGUGGCCGUAUGUUCCGUACGGCCUCAUUGCACAUCCUUAUGCUAGUGGCGUCUAUGACAAGAAGGCACCGGCCAAUCACGUGCGCGGUACUGACGAGCCUGGCGUCGGCACCUUCAACCCGGUCGAGGAGAAGUACGCUCUCAUGUUUAGCGACGACAACCCCCAUGCUUGCGCGGUCAUGUAGGGUGUUUGUUCGGAUAGCAAAAUGUACGUGUUUGAAUCCGAAUCUUUAUAUAUCCCUAAAAUUAUUAGGGUCGAUUAUAAUA